CUCGCAGGAGGAACAUGGCAGCGUCCUGAGUCCCGCUGGGGGGGGUUUGAACUGAGCUCCAUCAGCACCUGACACGCACCGGCCUCUCUCACAGCAGGGUGGGGGGGCUGAAGAACAAUUAACACCUAUUACUGAUUUCAAAGGUCCUGUGAAAAGAUGAAUGUCGUCAAAGACAACAAAGACCUGGCCUGUUUCUACACCACCAAACACUCCUGGAGGGGAAAAUACAAGCGAGUCUUCUCGGUGGGAACACAUGGCAUUACCACUUACAAUCCCACCACGUUAGAAGUAACAAAUCAGUGGCCUUAUGGAGACAUCUGCGGCAUCGGCCCGGUGGGAAAAGGUCAGGGUACAGAGUUCAGCCUCACGUUCCGGAAAGGCAGCAGCAAGAAGUCAGAAACACUCAAGUUCUCAACGGAGCACCGGACAGAGCUACUCACAGAAGCACUUAGAUUCAGAACAGAGUUUUCAGAGGGGAAGAUCACUGGCAGGCGCUAUAAUUGCUACAAACAUCACUGGAGUGACACGCGGAGGCCUGUGAGUUUAGAGGUGACACCGGGGGGCAUCGACCAGAUCGACCCCCACACUAACCGAGUGGUGUGUUCCUAUGACUACCGAAAUGUGGAGGGCUUUGUGGAAGUUUCUGACUAUCAGGGAGGAUUUUGCAUCCUUUACGGGGGCUUCAGCAGGCUGCACCUGUUUGCCUCAGAGCAUCGGGAUGAAAUAAUCCGCAGUGCCAUAGAACAUGCCGGAAACUUCAUUGGCAUCAUGCUACGCCUGAGGAAAGAGGCGCUGACCUAUGAGAGUUUCAUCAUGGACAGGUUGGGGAAAUACAGCUCAGACGAGAGCAUCACUUCUCUGGCUGAGUUCGUGGUGCAGAAGAUCACCCCGCGACACACGGAGCCUGUUAAACGCAUCCUGGCCCUGACAGAGACCUGUUUAGUGGAGAGAGAUCCAGCUUCAUACAACAUAGUCACCAUUAAACCCUUUGGAGAGGUAUUUGCUCUCAUCUGUGACGCAGACAAUCCUCAGGUGUUUACAGUUGAAUUCAUCAGAGGUCAGAUCAGGAAGUACUCCUCUACUGAAAGGGACUCCCUGCUAGCCAGCCUACUGGAUGGAGUUCGAGCAUCAGGAAACAGGGAUGUGUGCGUCAAGAUGGCGCCCACCCAGAGAGGACAGAGGUGGGGUUUGCUGAGCAUGCCUGUAGAUGAGGAGGUGGAGAGUUUGCAUCUCAGGUUCCUGGCGGCACCUCCGAAUGGAAACUUCGCAGAUGCAGUGUUCAGAUUCAACGCCAACAUAUCCUACAGCGGAGUGCUGCAUGCCGUAACCCAAGAUGGUCUCUUCUCUGAGAACAAAGAGAAGCUCAUCAACAACGCCAUCCUGGCUCUUUUAUCCCAGGAGGCCGAGCUGCCGACUCUCAACGCUGAGCUGGAAAGUCAUUUUCAGGCCAUCCGUCGCCUGGUGGCCUCCAAGGCCGGCUUCCAGGCCUUCACUCAGCUGCCUAAGUCUGGUCAAGGGUCUGGACUCACAGAUGCAACCAAAAGAAACAACAAGUUCAGGGAAAAGUUGGGAGUAAAGACGGUCAAAGCUUUAAAAAGAAACAACAAUGGUGUGACUCACGCUGCUAUAGACAUGCUCUGCGCUCUGAUGUGUCCGAUGCACGAUGACUAUGACCUGAGACAAGAGCAGCUGAACAAGGCCUCUCUUCUGUCCUCAAAGAAGUUUCUGGAAAACCUCCUUGAAAAAUUCCUCACCAAUGUGGACCAUGGGACGGGAGCUUUGGUCAUCAGCUCUUUGUUGGACUUCCUAACGUUCGCGCUGUGCGCCCCUUAUAGUGAAACUACCGAGGGGCAGCAGUUUGACAUGCUGCUUGAGAUGGUAGCCUCUAAUGGACGAACGUUAUUCAAACUUUUCCAGCAUCCAUCCAUGGCAAUAGUGAAGGGAGCCGGCCUCGUCAUGAAAGCCAUCAUUGAGGAAGGAGACAAAGAAAUCGCCACUAAGAUGCAAGACCUGGCUUUGAGUGAAGGGGCUUUGCCACGGCAUCUGCACACAUCGUUGUUCACCAUGAGCUCAGACCAGCGGAUGCUCACAAACAGGCAACUGAGUCGUCACCUGGUGGGACUGUGGACAGCGGAGAACUGUGUGGCCAUGAACCUCCUCAAGAGAAUCCUGCCAACUGGCCUGUUGGCUUACUUGGACAGUCCUGACUCUGUCCCAGAGAAGGAUGUGGACCGGAUGCACAUCCGGGACAACUUGAAAAUUGCAACGGACCAGCUAAACCGCAACAAGGUGCCUGAGUGGCAGCGGAUUGCAGGCAAAGCAGCCAAAGAGGUGGAGAAGUUUGCCAAGGAGAAGGCUGAUGUGGUGCUGAUGCACUGGAGAGACAAGAUGGGCAUUGCACAGAAGGAGCAGGACAGAAAUAACUUGAAUCCAAACCAAAAGCCUGUCAUCCUCAGAAAGAGAAGGCAAAGAAUAAAGAUCGAUUCAAACUGGGAGCUUUUCUACUACAGAUUCCAGCUAGACCACGCACGUUCCAACCUCAUCUGGAACCUUAAAACGAGGGAGGAGCUGAGAGACGCUCUGGAGGGGGAGAUGCGUGCGUUCGGCGUGGACCGCGAACUCGGCAAUGCCGCCGUCAUCUCCUGGAACCACCAGGAGUUUGAGGUGAAAUACGAGUGCCUUUCAGAUGAGAUAAAGAUAGGGGAUUAUUACCUGCGUCUGCUGCUGGAGGAAGAUGAAAAUGAAGAAUCAAGUGCCAUCAAAAGAUCGUACGAGUUCUUCAAUGAGCUCUACCACCGCUUUUUGCUUACACCCAAAGUGAUGAUGAAGUGCCUGUGCCUGCAGGCGCUUGCAAUAGUCUACGGCAAGUGCUCCGAGGAGAUCGGUCCCUUCGCAGACACGAAAUACAUUGUAGGAAUGCUGGACCGGUCUACAGACAAGCUGGAAAGAGACAGACUCAUUCUGUUCCUCAACAAGCUUAUUCUUAACAGGAAAAAUGUGAAAGAGGUGAUGGAUUCAAAUGGAGUCCGAAUCUUUGUGGACCUGCUCACCUUGGCUCAUCUGCACACCAGCAGAGCUACUGUGCCUCUUCAGAGCAACGUGCUGGAGGCUUCUCCAGACAUGAAGAGGGAGAGUGAGAAGGAGUGGUACUUUGGUAACGCAGACAAAGAAAGAAGAGGACCUUACAGCUUUGAGGAGAUGCAGGAAUUUUGGAAUACGGGCGUCCUCACGGCCAAAACUCGAUGCUGGGCACAAGGGAUGGACGGGUGGCGCCCCCUGCAGGCCAUCCCUCAGCUGAAGUGGUGCCUGCUGGCCACAGGACAGGCGGUGAUGAACGAAUCCGACCUGGCCACGCUGAUCCUCAACAUGCUCAUCAGCAUGUGCUCCUUCUACCCCAGCAGGGACCAGGAUAAUUCUAUUAUUCGUCCCUUACCUAAGAUCAAGAGGAUGGUCAGUGACAAUGCCUGUCUCCCUCACAUUGUCCAGCUGCUUUUGACUUUUGACCCCAUUCUGGUGGAAAAAGUUGCCAAUCUUCUGUACCUGGUGAUGCAGGACAACCCCAACCUGCAGCGCCUCUAUUUAACUGGAAUUUUCUUCUUCAUCAUGAUGUACACGGGCUCCAACGUGCUUCCCGUUGCAAGGUACUUGAAGUACACCCACCUGAAACAAGCCUUCAAAUCAGAGGAGUCUAAGGGUCCGGACAUUGUGCAGCGCAGUGUUCUGGGAUCGGUGUUGCCCGAGGCAAUGGUGUGCUAUCUGGAAAACUACGAGGCUGAACGCUUCUCUGAGAUAUUCCUUGGAGAGUUUGAUACACCUGAAGCCAUUUGGAGCAGUGAGAUGAGACGGAUGAUGAUCGAGAAGAUAGCAGCUCAUGUGGCUGACUUCAGCCCCAGGCUGCAGAGUAACACGCGGGCCCUGUACCAGUACUGCCCCAUCCCAGUGAUCAGCUUCCCUCAGCUGGACAACGAGCUCUUCUGCAACAUCUACUACCUCAGACAUCUGUGUGACACCACCCGCUUCCCCAACUGGCCUAUUCGAGACCCUGUGAGGCUUCUGAAAGAUACUCUUGAAGCGUGGAAGAGGGAGGUGGAAAAGAAACCUCCCUCGAUGUCUGUGGAUGAUGCUUAUGAAGUCCUCAACCUCCCCAAAGGACAGGGCCAGCAUGAUGAAAGUAAAAUCAGAAAAGCCUAUUUCAGACUGGCACAGAAGUACCAUCCUGACAAAAAUCCAGAGGGGAGGGACAUGUUUGAAAAAGUUAACAAAGCCUAUGAGUUCCUCUGCACAAAGUCUGCCCGAAUCCUGGAUGGGCCCGACCCAGAAAACAUCAUUCUCAUCCUCAAAACCCAGAGCAUCCUGUUCAACAGACAUAAACAAGAACUAGAGCCAUACAAAUAUGCCGGUUACCCCAUGCUCAUCAAAACAAUCACCAUGGAGACCGAGGACGACCAGCUUUUCUCUAAAACAUCCCCGCUGCUCCCGGCUGCUGCUGAGCUGGCCUUCCACACAGUCAACUGCUCUGCUCUCAAUGCAGAAGAGCUGCGACGCGAGAACGGCAUUGAGAUAUUGUUGGAGGCCCUUUCUCGGUGUGUAGCUGUGUUAACGGCAUCCAGCAAACCUGAUGACAUGGCUGUACAGGUGUGCGGGCACAUCUGUAAGUGCUACAGCGUUGCAGCCCAGUUUGAAGAAUGCAGAGAAAAGAUCAUCGAACUGCCCAACAUCAUCCGGGACGUCUGUCACAUCUUGUUCUAUGGGAAGGGUCUCCCAAAGACGGCGGCUCUAGCAGUUCAGUGCGUCAGCUCCUUUGCCGUGGACUUCUUCCUGCAGACUCACCUGUACCACGCCGGCGUGCUCUGGCACCUGCUGGUCAAGCUCUUCAACUACGACUACACCCUGGAGGAGAGCGGCGUCCAGACGAGCCAGGACACAAACCAGCAGGAGGUCGCUAACAGUUUAGCCAAGCUGAGCCUGGUGGCUCUGAGCCGCUUGGCAGGCUACGUGCAGACGCCGCACACCCCAGACGGCAACAACCCGGUUUCAGAGACCAACGGCACCGAGGGCAUCCCUCCAGAGAACCCCACCAUCCGCAAGAGCCUCUCCGCCAUGCUCACGCCGUACAUCGGAAGAAAACUGGGAUCGGGAACUCCUGCUGAGGUCUUGAAGCUGCUGAACAGCAACUCUGAGAAUCCCUACCUGAUCUGGAACAAUGGGACUCGAGCCGAGCUGCUGGAGUUCCUGGAGGGUCAGCAAGAGGGAAACAUCAAGAGGGGAGAAAACGAUGAAAGCUUCGGCGCAGAGUUCGUGUUCAGCGAUCACAGCAAAGAGCUCAUAGUCGGGGAGAUCUUUGUCCGGGUCUACAACGAGCAGCCUUCUUUCCCACUGGAGUACCCUAAAGCGUUUGCGGCCAGCCUGCUGGACUACGUGGGCUCCCAGGCCCAGUACCUCCACACCCUGCUGGCCAUGAGUCAGAGUAACAAGGUGGAGUCGGAGCAGCACGCCGAGAGGCUCCGCUUCGCUGAGAUGGCUCUAGAGGCUCUCCGCAAUGUCAUCAAGAACAACCCUGGUUCGGAGUCGGAGUGCAUCGGCCACUUCAAGCUGCUCUUCUCUUUGCUGCGGGUUCACGGAGCCGGCCGAGUGCAGCAGCUGGUUUUGGAGGUUGUGAAUACAGUGACAUCUAAUCAAGACUGUGUGAGCAACAUUGCCGAGUCCCUGGUGUUGUCAAACCUUUUGUUGCUGCUGCACUCGCUUCCCUCCAGCAGGCAGUUGGUGCUGGAAACCCUCCACGCACUGACUUCAAACACGAAGAUAGUCAAAGAGGCGAUGGCCAAAGGUGCCCUGAUCUAUUUGUUGGACCUCUUUUGCAAUUGCACACACCCCCAAGUUCGCACUCAGACCGCAGAGCUCUUUUCCAAGAUGACCUCAGACAAGCUAGUUGGACCAAAGGUGCGUCUUACGCUGAUGCGUUUCCUCCCGGGCGUGUUCAUGGACGCCAUGCGAGACAAUGCUGAAGCAGCAGUUCAGAUAUUUGAAGGAACUCAUGAAAACCCUGAGCUCAUCUGGAAUGACACUUCCAGGGAGAAAGUGUCCACUACUGUCCGGGAGAUGAUGCUCGAGCACUUUAAACAGCAGAAGGAUAAUCCUGACGUGAACUGGAGAUUGCCAGAUGACUUCACAGUGGCGUAUGGAGCCGGGCAGAGCGAGCUCGAGGUUGGGGGAGUCUUCCUGCGCAUCUUCAUCGCUCAGCCCGGCUGGGUGCUCCGCAAGCCGCGAGAGUUUCUGGUUUCCCUUCUGGAAACCUUGACGGAGCUGUUGGAGAAAAACAACCCUAAUGGCGAGGCUUUGGAGACGGUUACCACGGCAGCGGUUUGCCUGUUCUGCACGCAGACGCAGCUGGCCGACCAGGUUCCUUCUCUGGGUCACCUGCCGCGCGUCCUCACAGCCCUCAAUCACAAGAACAACGCUGUGCCCAAGAGCUCCAUCCGCCUGAUUCACGUCCUCUCGGAGAACGAGCUCUGUGUGCGCUCCAUGGCUUCCCUGGAGACGAUCGGGCCGCUGAUGGCCGGGAUGAAAGCCCGGACAGACAUGGCCGGCCUGGCUUGUGAAGCUCUCAACCGCAUGUUCCAGAAGGAGCAGACGGAUCUGGUGGCUCAGGCGCUGAGAGUGGAGUUGGUUCCUUAUCUCCUGAAGUUACUGGAAGGAAUCGGCCUGGAGACGUUAGAAAACCCUUCGGCAACCAAGGCCCAGAUAGUGAAAGCUCUCAAGUCCAUGACCCGCAGUCUGCAGUAUGGGGAGCAGGUGAAUGAAAUUCUGGCCAGGUCCUCUAUAUGGAGCGCCUUCAAAGACCAGAAACAUGACCUUUUCAUCUCAGAGACUCAGACUGCAGGCUACUUGACAGGGGUUUCCACUCCUUCUCUCCUGGCCGCCAGCAGCCCACUGCGGGGUGGGCUCUAGACUCCCGAGCCGGGCCCUCGCAGCCCUCCUCUCUCUUGCUCUAACGCAGGUCCAGGAGUCGCGGGUUACCUUACAGCAGGAACUGGCACCACGGUUUUGUCCAGCGUCCCACCCCCCGUGGACAACGACAUUGGAGACCAAGGCUGAAGGACCCACACACACAGUCACACUCAGGCACUCGGACUGCCCCGCAGCCGCACGGCUGCAGCUCACAGAAAGACUGUUCAGCUCCCCACGAAGAGGCAAAGGCGAGAGAAGACGACUGGGGAGAGUGGGCCAUCACUGACUGUCACCAAAAUCUCAGCAACCCCCUCUGCAGCGUUCAUCCCCUACCGCCUCCCCACGAACAACGCUCAAAUCUUCAACGGCUUUGUUUUAACGAAUGACCACAAUAGUUUUGUUUCUGUUCUUCUUUUCUUGUUUCUUCCAAUGACAGAAAAAGUUUACUUUUUGUAUGAAUAUAUUUUUUACUCUAGAUUUUUUUUUUUCUUUCAUGAGGAACAUUUAGGAAGACCAAGGCUUCUUAUGGGGAAAUUCUCUUCACUCAUCCUGCUCGUCUUUAUCAUGCUCCAACGGGCUUUACUGAAACCCACAUCAUGUCUAAAUGUAUUUGGCUUCAAUUGUACACUGAAUCAGUCCACCUAUAAAGUAAAUGUGUCAUUUCCAAGUCUGUAAUGCAUUCUGAUACUGAAAAGGGGAAAAAAGAGGAUGAGAAAAUGGAUCCGUAUUAUUGUUCUCCCAUUUCAAGUAAAAUUUUGCAUCGAGCCCUCUGACCAAAGCUGACCUGGUCAGGUUAAGACAGAUCUACUUUCCUAAUGUCCAGCCUUUUAUUCCUCUGAUCUUCCUAAUUCACUCUAUUCUCCUGUCUGUCUCUCUCUAUCUCAAGGCUAUUCUUCUUGCCUGCUUCAUAUUUUUAAUGUAAUUCUCCCCCAGAAUGCAAAAAGCACUAGAGUAUUUAUGAGUUUAAAAAAAGAAAUAAAAUAACCACAGGAAACAAGCUUCUGCUGACUUGAAUGACUUUGAUUAUGAAUCUAUGUGAAAGACUAGUGCAAUUUGUGAAAUGUUCCAUGUAAUAUUGCGUAUAUAAACUUUCUAUAUUGAAUGUACAUUAAAAAAAAAGAAAAGAAAUCACUCACUUGUACAUAAAAUUUUAAGAAUAAAAGGGAACCCACAGUGUU